GCUCGUGUCGCACACAUCUUGCGUGCGGAGCUCUCAGCUAACUUGCAGCCCAUCUGCAUGCCAUUGAACCUUCGCAAUCGCUCCGCAAGACUCAACCAAGCUUCACUGUCAGCAUGGCUUCAGCACCGCCAAAGCUCAUCGGCAACCCUAUGGCCACAGUCGAGCAAUUAGAAACCUCAGCCUCUCAAAUUGAUGGCAUACCAAAGGAGCUCGAAGACUCCAUUCACUUUGCUGGCGCCCGUCUUACCCAAUUAGCAGGCAUUCUCCUGCGACUUCCUCAAGACAUCAUCGCCAUCGCAAUCGUCAACUACACAAGAUUCUGGCUCGGCCCAGAAGGAGGCAGCUUGAAGAAGUACGGAGCCAAGGACAUCUCCAUCGCAUCCCUCUACGUCACCGCCAAACUCUCCGCCUACCCCAGAUCACCCCGCAGCGUCAUAAACGUAUACGCCUACUUUGACGCCCACGAGACCACCUUCGAGCACCACGCCCCCAACUCCCCCAACCCCCUCGACCCACAAACCUACUUUGUCUCCGAAGGCACAUACCAAGCCCGCCGCCUCGCGCUCAUGCGCACCGAAGCCCUCCUCCUCCGCACCCUCGGCUUCACCACCGACACCGCCCUGCCCUACGCCCUGGCCAUCACAUACAUGCAGACGCUCGACGCCUUCGCCGACCACGCCGCCGGCUCAGCACUGACGAAGCGCGUGCUGGCACACCUCAACAGCGCCCUCUUCAGCCCGCAAAAGCUGUACCUGACGCAUCAGCCGGCGGCGCUGGCCACGGCGGCGAUCUACCUGGCGGGCCAUGAGCGGGAGAUGAAGCUGGCUGGGGAGGACUGGUGGGAGGUGUUUGAUGUGGGGAGGGAGGAGCUGGGGUUUCUCGUCUUUUCGCUGAAUAGUCAGAAUGGGUUUGCGGAGAGGGAGGUGGAGAGGUGGGCGGGGAGGAAGGUGCCGUUGACGGUGCUGGAGGUGGAGAGGGAGAUGGGCGUGGGCGUGGGCAUGGGCGUGGGCAUGGGCGUGGGCAUGGGCGUAUAGAUCUGUAAAGGAUCAAUGGUUGUGUGUUGUUGAUGGCCU